AUGGUUGUACGAGGGCUCGUGACACCCGUGGCGCUCUUUGCGGCUCUAGUCCGGGGAUAUGCAAACCCGGGCAGUUGCUCGGGCGCUUGCAAUGUCCACGACCCAUCGUUGAUUCAGAGAACUUCGGAUAGUCUCUACUUCCGAUUCUCCACGGGAAAUGAAAUCUCUUAUGCCAGUGCGUCCUCCAUCAAGGGCCCAUGGACCGCAAUCGGCUCGAUGUUGCCUUCUGGGUCCUCCAUCGAUCUUGCGGGUAAUACCGACCUCUGGGCCCCCGAUGCGCAUAUCGUCGAUGAUCUCUACUACGUCUACUAUUCCGUGUCGACAUUUGGAUCACAGUCGUCUGCCAUUGGGCUGGCGACAUCAGCAACCAUGGAAUAUGGUUCUUGGACCGAUCAAGGUAGUACAGGAAUCGCCUCAUCCUCAUCCAAAGCAUACAAUGCCAUUGACGGAAACCUGAUCGACGUGGACGGUACAUACUACAUGAACUUUGGUUCUUUCUGGGACGACAUCUACCAAGCGCCGAUGAAUUCUGCUGCAACAAAGGUCGCUUCAUCCUCGUACAACAUUGCGUAUAAUGCGACGGGAAGUCAUGCCGAGGAGGGCUCCUACAUGUACAAGUAUGGGAGCUACUACUAUCUCUUUUUCUCUUCAGGCAUUUGCUGUGGCUAUGACUCAUCCAUGCCUGCGGCUGGAGAGGAAUACAAGAUCAUGGUUUGCCGGUCGACCUCACCGACAAGCGGCUUUGUCGACGCUGAUGGCACAGCCUGCAAGAGUAGCGGAGGGACAGCUGUGCUGGAAAGUCAUGGCACUGUAUACGGCCCAGGUGGACAGGGAGUCUUCACCGACCCUAGCCUCGGCCCCGUUCUCUACUAUCACUACGUCGAUACUACAGUUGGAUACGCAGAUAGCGAAAAGCUGUUCGGAUGGAAUCAAAUUGAUUUCUCCUCUGGUUGGCCUGUGGUCUGA